AGCCUGGUCUACAGAGUGAGUUCCAGGACAGCCAGGGCUACACAGAGAGACCCUGUCUCGAAAAAACAAACAAACAAACAAUAACAACAACAACAAAACAAAAAAAAAGAAAGAAAGCAGGCCACCAAGUCUGAGUCAAAGUGACACCCAAAGAAGAUGAGCUAUAUAUGCUUGGAGACUCAGGGACCCUCAGACAAGAGGUGGCAAGCACUACUUUGUAUCCCUUAUUUUGCAAGGCCCCAUCUUGCUCCCUCCUGGCCAGGUCUUUCCUGCAAGAUGAAGCAGUAGUGCUCCUUUGCUGCACAGUGUCGACCUCUUAUUUUUACAAGAUCUGAUCCUUCCCCCUUGUCAACAGCACAGUUUGCCUCUGGGCUGUAGGUGUAGUGUGUGCCGCUUGGAGAUGGAUACCACUAAAGAAAUAUAAAGUAAGCUAUUUUUGACAAGUCACCUAGCAAGUGAUUUAAAAUUCAGUCUAUUCCACUUACUAUAGUCUGUGCCAAAUGUUUCAAAAACUCUAAUAAUUAAAACUUAACAGAGUGCUUCCCCAGGGCCACACAAAUGCCCUGUGUUUAAAGUUUUAUUUCACCUGGCCACAGUGUUUUAGAACUACAGCUAUAUAAAUCAGCACAAGUAUUGGGUAAGCACCAGGCUGAUCUCUUGAGAGCUGAAUUGUGCUGACCCUGUUAGCUAUUUUGUUGUUGUUGUUGUUGUUGGUACAAUAAAACACUAUGACCAAAAGCAACUUGAAGAAGAAAGUUUAUUUGGGCUUACAGUUCCAGAAAGAUAAGAAUCAAUCAUGAGAGGGAGCCAAGUGCUAGACAUGGUGGCUGGAGUUCUAUCUUUUUUUUUUUAAUUUUUUUUUCUUAUCUUAGGAGUUCCACCUUUAACAGAAGACAUGAAGUAGAGAGAACAAACUUGCAGCUGAGUGAGGAUGGAGAUGUCUGCCCAGAGGCUGGCUUCUAACAGGACAUCCCCACAGUCACCAUCGAACUCUGACUACACCUGGGAAUACGAGUACUAUGAGAUCGGACCAGUUUCCUUUGAAGGACUGAAGGCUCAUAAAUAUUCCAUUGUGAUUGGAUUCUGGGUUGGUCUUGCGGUCUUUGUGAUUUUCAUGUUUUUUGUGCUGACUUUGCUGACGAAGACAGGUGCCCCACACCAAGACAACGCGGAGUCCUCAGAGAGGAGGUUCCGCAUGAACAGCUUUGUGUCAGACUUCGGGAAGCCGCUGGAGUCAGACAAGGUGUUUUCUCGUCAGGGCAACGAGGAGUCCAGGUCUCUGUUCCACUGUUACAUCAAUGAAGUAGAACACUUGGACAGGGUUAAAGUUUGCCACCAAACAACAGCCAUCGACAGUGAUGUCCACCUCCAGGAAGCCAGCAGAAGCAGUGGGAGGCCUGAGGAGGAGCUAGCCAGGUUCAUGAAGUUUGACAUCCCCAACUUUGUGAACACAGAGCAGAGCUCCUUUGGGGAGGAUGAUCUCCUGAUUUCGGAAGCACCCGUUCUUCUAGAAAACAAGCCAGUUUCCCAGACAUCACGCAUAGACCUGGACUGAGAGACACUUGUGCCUUACUGAGGAUGUGUUCUGUCUCUGUACAGCAAGAAACCGCAAGCUACCCACACUCGUGUGUGUGUGUGUGUGUGUGUGUGUGUGUGUGUGUGUAGAGAGAGAGAGAGAGAGAGAGAGAGAGAGAGAGAGAGAGAGGAGGUGAGGGAGGGGGAGAGGACUAGGCUAGGACUGGGAUGUGAUAGAGGGGCAGAAUUUGGAGAUGGAAGGCACCAUUUUGGUUUGGGGGAGAUGAUAUUUUUCUUUUUUGGAUUAAAAAAAUGCAUUGACAGUAUUAAGGCUUCUUUAUUGAAACAAUUAGCCACAUAUAUGCAAUUGAGCCCCCUCCUGGGUGAGGGUUAGGUUACUGCAGUCUGAUCUAGCCCUUUCCCACCAUUCUCUGCCUGUAACAAGUUGCUUUACCUCUCUGGACUGCCAUGGUUUUACAUGUAAGGUGGCCUGUCUGGAGUAGAUGACCUAUCCCAGCUCUAGAAUUUUUGUGGCUUUCAGACUUAGCGUUUAAGACAUGCUAAGAAACACAUAAACAGUAGAUAAUAGAACAUGGCACCCUGGCUUUCAGGGCAGGUUCUCCAGGGCUUGGUACCCUCCCUUUGCUCAGCCCUUCACAGAGUCUCACUUUAGCUAGGGAAACCUUUACCAGGAGCACAGGAGCCUCACAUGCACUGUGGACAGUGUCUCUGCGAGUUUUGCCGCAGCAGUUUAUGUGAUGAACUCCACCCACCCCGGCUUUAAACUGGGGCAGCUUUGACUCCAGUGAGUACCAGCCUAAACUGUUUCACAAGCAUCCGUGCUCUCAAAAACUGCUAGGGCAGAUUGUCAUCUGCCUGAUGUGGGUCCCUUCUCGGUGUCUCCGAGUUUGCAUCCUGUGCUCGCGCUUCUGAACUCUUUGGCUUCAGAACAAGACGCUCCUUGCCAUGGUCUGCGUGGCAGAUGUGUGGGUGUCGGCUGCCUGGCUUGGAGCUGAGAGGGUCAGUGGGUUGUUUGUGCCACAGUAGCAGAUGUUCAGGAUUGCGAUGAUAAUUUGAGCAACAUGAUGUUCAUUUCGUGGAGGAAGCAACCCUUUGCUGGUGUCGGAAAGAACUCAGCCUUGCACACAGAGAGUUGUAUGCAUGAGCAGCUGCUAAUCGAUGGGUGGCAUCUACUUUACGAAUUUGUUCACCCUUUGUCUUGCUUAAGUUGCAUAAUAAAUGCAUUUGAUCGCA